AUGGCGCUGUUGACCGACCUGCCAGCCGAACUUCUCGAGAAAAUACUCCAGCAAGUCGUCCACCUCCACCAGGCCGACCAACACCACCCACAUCGCUGCCUCGAGUAUUGCCCCAUCUGCGAAUCCGACGAGGGAAGCCAGGAUAUCCGUCUCAAGGCAAGAGCUAACCUGGAAUCCAAACAGAAAUAUCACUCUACCUUCACGCUGCCUAGUCCUACCUACAUGACGCCCAGAGCUACUACCGAGCUUGAGACCUCCUGGCCAGAGGCUCUGCCGUCCAAUCCACUGCUACCGCUCUGCUUGGUCAACCGCACCUUUGGAAAAUGUGCCCAGCAGGCGCUCUUCACACACGUCACCCUACUCGAUCAGUGGCAGGCCCAUCUAUUCUGCCAGACACUCACUAGCCCAUCCCUCACUCAGAACGCUUUAUCAUCUCCGAUAGACGACCAACAUCCGCCGGCCAGCCUUGCUCACCAGGUUCGCUCGCUUCAGUUCAAAUUCAUUGGUCCGUGUUCGAUGGGAAGGGGCGGCGGCUCUCUGAUCUGCGAGAUCAUCCGCAGCUGUCCGGUACUCGAAAACAUCACCAUGGCCACCUCGCUGUUGACUCGCUGUCAAGAGCCCCUCCUGGACGCCUUUGCCAGUCGACCGUUCAUCAAAAGCUUCGUUGUUCUCGAGAACUCCUACAAAGACGACUCCCUCUUCACAUGGCCCGCCGAGCAAGUCGUGGCGCGGUUAUUCUCUAAAUGGGACUUCCUCGAGACGGUAGAGUUGAUCAGGCUCCCUAUGAGCGCACCGCUCAUGUACUGGGAACCAGGCGGUUACGAUAGUAGGCUACCCAGACUAAACUGUGCCCUACGAACGAUUGUCUUGAUCGACCUGAUGAUGAACGAGGGCGACCUCCGCAUGAUCCUGAAGGGCUCUCGUGCCAGCCUGCGCAAGCUCCAGCUCACCCGUCCAACCGCAUGGCUUCACCGGCCUGGCCUAUUCCGAAUCCUCACGGAAUGCAUCAGCCCAGCCUUGGAAUCCUUGACGCUUGAAGUGAGCAACGGGUGGGGCGGGCUGAUCUUCCCAGAAGAAGACGGCCGCCCCGAGUUGAAUCCGGGCCUGUUGGACCACAUCUUCAAGACUUCAUCGACCCUCAGUAAUCUCAAAGAGCUCUCGUUUGCUGGCGACUUGGUGGGCGACGAGUUCCUGAACCUCUUGCCUCAAUCAAUCGUCAAGCUUACCUGGGACCGCUGCGAUGUCUCCUACGCGGCUUUUGCUGAGGCACUCACAAGUCAAACUGCCAACUCUCCUCAGCGGCCCCCUCCUUCUCAACUGCAUGUCCCCCCUGACGCCGAGACGAGACCGACCCGAUGGCUACCCGAGCUCAAGUGCUGCUCGUUCUACAAUUUCCCCGAUUGGGGUGUCGAAUCCGCGUACAUUAUUUCGCUCGAGUUGAAAGCCCGACAGGCCUGGUUGCAUACCUCCGAACUACUCAGGAAGAUACUCGAGCACUUGAUCCAACUCCACCCGGCCAACCUCGACGAGCUCAAACGCCCCUGGAACCGCUGCUUCUUCUACAACCCGGGAAAGCUUGACAUUCGGCUGAGACCAAGUCCUAGUCUACGAUCCCAAGAAACCUAUCACUCUAACUUCCAGCAACUCAAGGAAACUGGUCUCUCUCAAGCUGUCUCGCGGACGACGGCUCUGCCGUCCAGUCUUUUAUUGCCGCUCUGCUUGGUCAACCGCGCCCUUGGAAAAUAUGUCCAGCAGGCGCUCUUCGCACACGUGACCUUGAUCGACCAGUGGCAGGCCCAUCGAUUCUACCGGGCACUCACCAGCCCAUCAACCCUUCAGGACCAAGUAGAACUGCCAGAUGAUUCCACUGAUACUCAUGGCGAACGAAGCAGGACGCAAGACAUUCAAGCGAGGAGCACUCCAUCCGAUCAUCAUCCACCGACUAGCCUUGCUUGUCAGGUCCAGUCACUGCAGUUCCAAUUAGUCGGUCCCUGCUGGCCGGAAAGGGGCGGCUCUCUCGUCUGUCAGAUCCUCCGCGCUUGUCCCUUAGUCGAAAACAUCACCAUCGCCACCUGGUUCAUGAAUUGCUGUCAGGAGCCCCUCCUUGACGCCCUUGCAAGCCGACCGUUUAUCAAAACCUUCGUGCUUCUUGAGAAUUUCGGCACAAACAGCUCGCUCCUCCCAUGGUCUGCCGAGCAACUCCUCGGUCGCUUAUUCACCAAAUGGAAGUCCCUCCAGACGAUCGAGUUGAUUAAGUGCCUUACGGAGCAUAGGCCGUUAUGGGAACCAGGUGGUUACGAGAGUAUCCUGCCUGCACUGAACUGCGCCCUGCGAACGCUUGUCUUGAAUUGCCCAUGCCUCACGGAGAAGGACCUGGCCAUGAUCUUGAAUGGCUCUCGAGCCAGCCUGCGGAACCUACAGAUCUGUCAUCCAACUCCAGCUUUACACCGCCCGGGUCUAUACCGAAUCCUGACUGAAUCCAUCAGCCCAGCCUUGGAAUCCUUGACACUCGAAGUGCACGACAGAUGGGGGCAGAUGAUCUUCCCCCAGGCAGACUACCCUGAGUUGAACCCGGGCCUGUUGGACCACGUCUUCAAGGCUUCCUCGACCCUGAGUAAUCUCAAAGAACUCUCUUUCGCAGGCGACCUUACUGGCGAGGACCUCCUCGACCUCUUGCCCCAAUCGAUCGUCAAGCUUACUUGGAACCGUUGCGACAUCUCCUUCGAGGCCUUUUCUGAGGCACUGACAAGUGGGACAGUCAAUUCCCUUGAGCUGCCUCUUCCUCUUCAACUGGAUCCCCCCUCUGACGCUGAGACAAGACGGCCCCGGUGGCUACCCGAGCUCAAAUGUUGCUCGAUCUACAAUUUUGACAAAUGCGAGGAGGAAUGUGCACGAGUGAUUCGGCAGGAGCUAGAUGAGCGACGGGUCUGCUUCCAUUCUGUUGCCCCGUUCUACCGCGUUGAAUACGUCUAA